AUUCACCAUUGCACCCUGAAUUAUUCACAUGAUGCUUCCGACGCCGGGCACAGGCGAUACUUUUUCUUCAUCAGUAAAUGAGUCAAGUCACAAACUGAGACAAGUGUUUAUAUGGAAUCGUUUUGUGAAUUGAGAUACGGCACACACAAUAACUCUAUUCUGGAAACAUCUCAAAUAGAGAGCAUAUUUAUUGUCAUUGAUCGAAAAAAAUCAAUUUGAAAGAAUAGGAUGAUUCUGGAUCAACUUGAGUGAGAUUCGUUUACUUUCUUCACAACUAUUGUUCUAUGGAACCCUUUUGUUCUAUACGAGCUGCUUCUAAAGGAACAACUUGAAGGGGAUCAACUUCCAUUUGACAAAGCCAGUUAUCAGGAUAAGAUCACAGCCAAGAUAUCCUGGCUGGACUAGAGCUGAGAUAUCAGGAUAAGAUCACACAGCCAAGAUAUCCUGACUGGACUACAGCUGAGAUAUCAGGAUAAGAUCACAUUCAAGAUAUCCUGACUGGGCUACAGCUGAGAUAUCAGGAUAAGAUCACACAGCCAAGAUAUCCUGACUGGACUACAGCUGAGAUAUCAGGAUAAGCUCACAGCCAAGAUAUCAGGAUUAUAUCACAGCCUGGAGAUUGGAUUAGCUCACAGACAGGAUAUAAUCAAUAUUGAUCUACAAUGGGGAGCAGGUGUUUCACUGUGAGCUUCCUGCUCUUAGUACUGUGCUGUACAGGUUAUGUUGGUAAGUGGAUUUACAGCGUAUUUUGUAUCAAUCAGCGAAGUCACAUUUGAACUGAAGGUAAGAUAUGAUAGCUUAGCUCUAGCCAAAAAAUAUUUUGAAAUCUUUAAUGCAAACAUUGAGAUAAACCAAAUGUAUAAUGUUUAGUUAGGUAUUUUUAUGGUUCGGAAAGAUGGCGGUCCAUAAACUAAAUAGGUCACAACCCAAUCCCCGAGUGUAGACUUUCUCGGCUGGGCACUGGGCAGAGUCCACGUUGUGCUUCUGUUCCCAUGGGAACAAUGGUGGAUAUAAGGAUUGCUAAAACUAUGAAAACUCCGCUGAAUGAGACAACGCCUCUUUAUUUAGUGGAUCAAAACUGUUUGUUUGUAUGGUUUAAGCAGAUGAAAGGCAGUUGAAUGAAUUGUUGAAGAUGGCCGACGGCAAAAGUUUCCGGCAUGACUCUUUUGGGUCGAACUUUCUCCCCAGGUGGCAGGCAGAUGUGCUGGUCUUGUCAGUACGUCCUCAACGGUCGUGGGAUCGAGUGCACCACCGCACCCGCUAACUGGACAGGAGGCGAGCGGAGAAUCAAAUGUGAAACCAAGUGUAUUAUCACGGCAGAUUACGAUUCAAGUAGGUUGGGCUAGGGUAUGUGUUAGUUUUAAACCAAGUGAAUUAUCACGGCAGAUUAUAAUUCAAGUAGGUUUUGGGUUAGGGUUAGUGUUAAACCAAGUGUGUUAUCACGGCAGAUUAUAAUUCAAGUUGGUUUGGUUAAGGUUAGUGUUAAUAAACCAAGUGUGUUAUCACGGCAGAUUAAGAUUCAAGUUGGUUUGGUUAAGGUUAGUGUUAACAAACCAAGUGUGUUAUCACGGCAGAUUCAAGUAGGUUGGGUUAGGGUUUGUGCAUCUAUUUAUAUCCCUUAAAUUUCCUUCGGGUUUCAGAGACGGGACAGCCAAAGUUCUUCUACCGGGGCUGUGGCGCCUACAGUCAAGAGAACGGCUGCACAGACUACGGUACGAGCCAUGGGUGCUUCUUCUCUUGUGAGGGCGAAGACUACUGCAACAACAAACUCUGGCCAAGGUCGCCCAUCAUUGACAAAGAUGACCCGCACGGCGCCGCCUCUGCUCUGAAUCACUUAGACCGAGCUCUCUGUGUUGCCAUCGCAGCCUUGGUUUACACAUUUCCAGAUCUUCUCAAUGUUUCGUGACUUUAGACCAUACGGUAUGAGCCAAAAAGGUAACAGUUCUGAAACUUGCCCAUCUUGAACGGGUCCGUGGUUUUUUGUCACAGGUGCAUAGCUCCAAUCGCCAAUGGCUCCCUGGGGGUAAAUGUGAAAAUUUGCAUAGCAUUUUUAGUUGUUAAUGGGUCUCUAGACCAGCGGUUCUUAACCUUUGGGUCAAGACCCCUUUUGGGGUCGAGCGAACCUUACACAGGGGUAGACUAAGAUCAUCGGAAAAUGCAUAUUUAUGAAGUACCAACGAAAAUAAUUUUAUGGUUGGGAGUCACCACAGCAUGACGAACUGUAUUGAUGGGUCGGGGCAUUAGCAAGGUUUAGAACCACUGCUCUAGACGGAGGAAAAAGUAUUCAAAUUUGACCUGAUUUAAACUCAUAUUUAAGUGCUGGUGAAUGGGGGAGGGGGCGAUUUUGGAAAGGAUGUUGGAAUGAUUCCGUGAGAGUUCUGAAAAGAAGCGGGCGUUCCAGUACUGUUAUGCUUUUGGCGCAUACUUUAUUUUAGAAGUAUGUUAAACCAAGUGAUAAAAGAUAUGAUUUUUUUUUUUUUUUUUUUUUUUUGUUGUAAAGUUGGUACAAGAAAAACCCUCACUAAAAUUGACGAAUCCAGGAGAAAAUUACGUUUCCUAAUAUUACAUUUAUGAAACAUCAAGUACGCAAACACUGUCCCUUUUGAAUAUACUUUAAUGUAACCAUGGACGUACAAGAAAAACCCUCACUAAAAUUGACGAAUCCAGGAGAAAAUUACGUUUCCUAAUAUUACAUUUAUGAAACAUCAAGUACGCAAACACUGUCCCUUUUGAAUAUACUUUAAUGUAACCAUGGACGUAUGAUUUUCAAGAAAGAGCAGCCCGGACUCAUUCUUUAUUUCGAUGUAUAAUGUGUGCCUUAUAAAGAAAAUAAUUCGAUUUUUUCUUGUUAUAAUUUAAUUAGGCGUCAUAGCCACUACUCGUUCCAAGUCAAAGGGGAGAUAAGCGGCCGGGUUAUCUAUAUAAAUUGUUGUUUCGUGUUUGAUAUCGCAAGCGUCUAGUCUAAACAUGUAAAUUACAUUUUUUUAGAAAUGUAUUUAAUAAAACCUCUGUUGGAAGGAUGGAAGCCGCGAAGACUGUUACUGAGGUGGCUAUUCUGGAAGCCGCGAAGACUGUUACUGAGGUGGCUAUUCUGACCAGGUUGGGCCGCCGGGGAUGGCACCCAAUUGCCUUGCUAACUCUUUACAUAAAACUUUUCGCCACAACACUUGUGCGUUUCAGCUCUAAGCGGUUCUUUGCCUCGCAACACUAGUGCGGUUCAGUUCUAAGCGGUUCUUUGCCUCGGAACACUAGUGCGGUUCAGUUCUAAGCGGCUCUUUGCCUCACAACACUAGUGCGAUUCAGUUCUAAGCGGCUCUUUGCGCCACAACACUAGUGCAGUUCAUUUCUAAGUUGCUGUCUGCGCCACAUAACUAGUGCGGCUCAGUUCUCGGCGGCUCAUGGCAAUGAUUAUACCAUGAUGGAUAUCUGCUUUAGUUGACCACACAACAAGCAAAGAAGUUAACGUUGUUGAACGUUGCGGCUGUGAUCAGACUUGCACAACGUCUGCAAGAUGGCGGUACGACGCUCAAACCACUGGUUUUUAUUCAUUGACAUUACAUGAGCUCAUUCUUGUGGGAACCAGCAUAGGUCUGUGUGGGGUAAUGCUCAAUGUAGGGCAAAAACAGAUGGUCGUUUCGGAUGGCUUUAUCCCAACGGGGACUGAUGAUCAGAACAAAAGUUUGAGAGCCAAUGCUGCAAAAGAUG